AUGUGGAGGUCCCCGAACCGUCGAAUUGACGAGGAUAGAAGAAUAAAUGAAUCUAAAACAUCGCAAUCAAAUAAAUUCCCAUACAAACCGUCCGAUAACAAUCCUAGAACAAGAGAUUAUAACGAUUCUAAUUAUUCCCAUAACCUAAACUUUAAUUUUAAUACUAAACAUUACAAUUCUGAUAAACACCUAAAACGUGAUAACUAUAAUAAUAAAUCGGACAAUUAUAGCAAAUUGGAUAACUAUAAUAAAUCGGACAAUUAUAGCAAAUUGGAUAACUAUAAUAAAUCGGACAAUUAUAAUAAACUAGAUAAUUAUAAUGAAAAGCAUUUGAAAAGAGAUAAUUACGGCAAAUUGGAUAAUUAUAAAAGGGAUGGAUACAAAAGUGAGAAGAGAAGGUAUUAUCAAGACCAUGAAAGUUCAAGGAAAAAAUCACACAAAUAUAGCUCCCAUAGCCAUAGCUCGAGGGAGAAAAAAUCUGAAGUUGGAGCAAGUAAACGUCACGAGAGUAUUGUAAAUGAGGAAAUUAAUAGCCCGAGAACGCCAUUGUCUGAGAUUCGCAGCCCAUCAAAGAAGUUCUCACCACCUCCAUUACCUCCAUUUGAACCACCAACAAACACACGUAAUCUGAAUGAUAGUAAAUUCCAGAAUAAACCCAAGCCUGAAAAAACCGAUAAACAAGAAAAAAAUGAAACUGUAAUAACAUUUGUACAAUAUUACGAAAAUAAAAUGAAUGAAGGGAAAUAUAAAGAAUUUGGACCUGAUCCUAGACUAACAGAUCAACUUUACGGCUCAAAGUUGGUGACCAAGUUUGAGAUCCCAGUGCUAAACACGAGCGGUUCUCUAGAUAAUACGCUAGACUCACCAACAUUCAGUUUAAACGUUAAAUAUGACUCAGUUUACACAUUCUAUCAAUUCUUCAAAACUCCACUUGAAAGGAUUAAUGAUUCGCUUUUAUCACCGAGACCUAAAAUUAAUGACGAAUGGUGGCUUAAAGGAUCACUUGUAUUAAUGUUGAUUGGGAUUCCAAGGAAUUGGACUGCAAAUCAGGUCCUUUCACAUCUUAUCAGCUCACAUUAUAAACUCACCAAUUCACAACAGAUAUUGUGUGAUGAAUAUGAGAGUGAUUCUGAGGGCGAUGAUGUUAGUCGUUUGGAAUUGAAAUCGACGUUCAAGAAGGACUGUAAAAGCCUCGGGAUCAAGAAGUUCUUUUUUCUCUUUGGAAACCCCUCAAAUGCUGUCAAUGAAAUUCCAUCGCACUUUCCAGCUAGUCCAAACGUCGAGGAAACUAAAAAAUCAGUGUCGAAUGACGUACAAGAAGGCAAAAAAUUUAUACCUAAUGAUGUGCCAGAGGGGAUGGGACUUAUAGUAUUUGAGACAGAAGAUCAAGCGCUGAAGUUCUGGUCAAUUUUGGGGACUGCCUUGAUCCAGGCAUACCCGUCCACCAUGAGAUUAUGCCCAGAUCCCUCAGGCUGGAGGAUUUACUCUGAGGCUAUUGCAUACACUUUUACCCACGAAUUAUUAAACGCACCACCCACAGUUAACAGAGUUAAGAAUGACACAAUUGACUUGUUAUCAGUUUUAACUACAAAUCCAAGCCCACCUUACAGCUCAAACUCACCCGUCAGUAGCUCAAAUAACCCCAAUACUGUCUCAAACCCUGGUAACAAUGCCAAGUCCAGAGGCAUGCUGAUAUACGUUUGCGCCUACAUUUACAACCAAGACGAGGCGAACAUGGUGGCGAAGAGUUUGGGCGAGUUUGGAGUUAAGUGUAUGUAUCACAAGCCCUCCAAGAUAAUGUCGUUGCAGUUCCCAGACGAAAAGACUUUCCAGAACCUGUCGUUUGGGCAUAAACUAUUUACAACACCCACAGGGUCUAGGGUACAGUGUUGUUUCCUGAGGUAUAAGGGAAAGGCUCUCCCAAUACUUAAAAGAGCAAAUUUAGAACACCUCUCAAACAUGUAUGAUCCCAAAAAGAAUGCGCAAUUAAAGCCACUCAAGUUUAAACCGCCAUCACAGGGAAUUCUAAACCUCGACUAA